CCAGCAGUGACUUGGAUUGUACCCUACAUGCGCCCACUAGCCCCGCCAACCCGUUCCCAGCAGUGCCCCCACCUGUGCCCAGCAGUGCCCCCCCACCUGUGCCCAGCAGUGCACCCACCACCUGUGCCACUCUGCAGUGCCACCUACCUGAUGCCCAGAAGUGCCACCUACAUGUGCCCAGCAGUGCCACCCACCUGUGCCCACCCACCUGUGCCCACCAGUGCCCACCCACAUGUGCCCACACCACCAGUGCUGCCCACCAGUGCCACCCACCAGUGCAGCCCAGCAGUGCUGCCAGUCAGUGCCACCAGUCAGUGC